AUGCCUGCCAUGGGUCUGGCGCGAAACCGUCGUCCGUCGUCUCGGUUGCAGGUCGGCAAAACAUUUGACUCCGAGCUCUCGGCUCUGAAAGCGCAUGCCGACAGCUUGGCCAUCGAACUUUCAGUGCAAUGCACGGCGGCGGAGCUGCUGCGUACAGAGGUCGCCGUCCUCCUUUGUCGGAGAAGCCAGCGAAGGGUCCGUGCAGAUGUCUUCCACACCUGGCGAACCCGGUGUAAGAGGCGAGUCGAGACGCGAAUCGAGGUGGCCAACCCAUCCCUUCGAGAGGAGAACGCGCUGCGCUGUGGGACCCUGCUCUGCUUUUUCCUGUCCACCACACUCAAGCAGAAAGUCAUAAGCCACUGGCGCUUGGCCAUGCAAAGGGAAGGGCGGCAGGGGCCGAAACUGGACCUGCGAGCUUUCCGUGCUUGGCGGCUGCAGCUCUACUUGUGGGCCUGGCAUGCAGCCGCGGUGUCUCAACAAGGUGGCGCGCCCGGGGCCUCCCUUCGGCUGGUGGCGCUCCUCCGAACGCGCCGGCGGAAGGACCUGCUCUCCACCGCCUGGGCAGGCUGGCAGAUGGGCUCCACGGAAGUGGCCCGUGUGCGGUCAAGAGCAGCCGAUGCUCUGUCCACUCUGCGAAGAUUUGACUUGGCCUAUGCUAUCCUGCAGGCGUGGCAUGGUGCUUUGGUCUUCGCCAACAUCCAGCGGAGCCAAUUCGAAGGCCCAGAGCUCCAAGAACCAGUCUGCCUGAGACCUGAGCAGCGCCCGCCGUGCUGUGCCGUGUUUCAGCCGGUGCUCACCGCCUACGCAAGGACACCACGUGUGCCCGUGACGGAGCCAGUCACGACUCUGGCGGAGCCCACCACCCGAGCUCUUCACCGCGAAGCGCGGAAUUUGGAGAUCCCUUCCUUUGCCAGGACCAUGUCCGGUCUCCUCUGGUGCUGGCGACGCCUGGCUGCAGCGGGGAAGCUCCAGCGCGCGAGGAGCGAAGGGGUCCUGCGAACUCAGCGCACUUGGCUGAUCUUUGCGCUGGAGUCCUGGCGGAGGGCUCUGCUCCUCAGCAAGGUGGCGGAGGUGAAGCAGCAGCUCUCCAACCGCUCCUUCGGGCUCCUCAUCCUCUCGAGUCGGAGGGGCUUGGCUGCUGCCAUCUGGCACUGCUGGCGCUGCGCCGUGCUGCUGCUCUCCAAGGACCGCCGCGCCCUCCGCGCCGCUUCUCAACUUGCGCGGCUCGGUGCCCGGACGAAGGAGGCCUUGCGCGGUGCUUUUCGCUGCUCCUUGGUGUUGGUGCUGCUUCGAGCCUGGCAUUGGCUGGUUUCUGCUGGCAAGCUGCACUACAGCCGCGGGAGGCUUCAAGGAGAGCUGGCCGUGGCUCUAACCCGGGGCCAGGCCUUGGAGAGGCGUUGUUUGUCGCUGGGUCGCGAAGCCGACGCCCUCCUCCUUUUGGCCGCUUUGGGGCGCUGGCGCGGCCACGUGAAAAGGCGGAGCGGGCUGGCCUUCCUCGCGCGACCGCCACCGCGGCCACCUGUCCAGGAGGCCUGGCUACUUUGGCGGCUGCUGACAAGGCAGGCACGUGAUGCGGAGGCCGCCCUUCAAACCUCCGCAGCCGAAGUGCGGCAAUCUUGCCGUGACGCCACACGCAGGUGCUUGGUCUCCAUGGCUGUCCUCCGUGCUUGGCACGCUCUCGUCGCAGAUGCACGGCACGUAAUGCAGACGGUUGCGCAGAGGAAGGACGUCGAGGUGCUCCUGGAGUCCCAGAAACAACGGGCUUUGCUGCUACUGGGUGGCCGACAGACGCAGCGGCCGCUACUUCGGAUCCUUCGUGUCUGGAACGGGUUGAGUCGGGAACGCCACUGGCGUCUUCGCAUCGUGCAGUUGGUCUACACCAGCCUUCUCUCGCAGUCCACGGCGAUCUUGCGGCACUGUUGGAACCUCUGGCAAAGCCGACUACACCAGAAGAGCUGUCAACGGGAUUGCGUGAACUUCUUGCAAGGCGGGACAGAUGUGCUCGCGUGGUGCUGGCGUGGCUGGAAGUCUUGGCACGCCGGGCAGAGGCGCUGCACGAAAGCACUGGGCCUCUCUCGCCGCUACGUGCAGGAGGGGUCUUUGCCAAGCAGCUUCCAUGCCUGGCGAACCCAGUGCCUGCUUGCGCGGCACGCGGGAACCACCACGCUCCUGUUCCGGACGGCCAGGCCGGUAACCAGCGAUGAGUUCUUGCAGCACAUCGAAUCUGUGUGCGGCUUCGGUGGCCGGCGCCCGUUCGAUUUCGUGUAUUUGCCAUGGCCUCGCCUGGUCAUCAUCAAUUUCUCAAGCCAUCAGAUUUGCAGAGAAGCCGUGGGUGCAAUGCUCGUCGACAAGAGUUACAUCACAAAAGUGCAAUCGGCAGCCUACCAGGGUCUCGUUGCAAACCUGGCGACUUUCUGUGCCAAAGGGAAGAAGGGCUCGGAGGGCAGCAAGCUCCCGCGCAUCUUCGUAGACGGAGAAGAGGUUUCGUUUGACUUCGCCGUGGCUUCCUUCUUAACAGAGGACGAAGUCCAGCAACAGAAGGAAGCUUUGAAGACAGAGAGCAAGGCGAAAGCUGAGAAGAAGCGGGGCAAGACAGAGUCCACAAGCACUCACGGAGCAGCGAAUACGGAGAAUGUUUUCUUCCCUCCUGCUCCGGGGCCUGGGACGAUGGCUGAGCAGUCUGCUUCACAUGCUUCGUCAAGCACAACCAGUAAUCAGGGGCCUCCUGUUUCACAUGCAACGCCCCAACGUGCAGAUCAGAGUUCCUGCUAUGUAUCGGCUUCUUGGAAGGAAGGAGAGAACUUCUUGAGACUGGCGGAGCGGCUUCGGGGCCUGCGCGGCUUCCUCGAAAGCUCCAGUGCGGUGUCCGGGCGGCUUUUGCUGGCCUUCGCCCUCCGCAGCUGGCGCCUGGCGCCGGAGGCCAUGCGCGAGCAGAGGCGGCUUGUGGAAGCUCGGGGUGCCGCUGCGCAGGAGCUCCUGCUCCGUCGCUUCCUGGGGGCUUGGCGCCGUGGGGUGUUCUCACAGCACCGCUCCAGGCUCGGGGAGCUGGCGGAGGUGAAGGAGCACCAGGAACGUCUGGCGAAGAUGCUGUCCAAGCGCGACGAGCAGAUGCGCAGCUUGGGCGUCGUCCCCUGGCUUUCAGGCCGACCGAUUGAGAUUUCUGGUCCGCUGGUGAAGCUCAUGCUUGCAAGAUGGCGGGGCUGGGCCCUUCAGGUAUCUGGAGACAGACGGCAGCUCGUCAAUCAAGCCUUUGUCUGGGAUCGAAGGGAACGGCUCACUAAUUCCCUACUGCAGCCUUCUUACUCCCUCUUGAAUGGUUAG